CCUCUUUCGCAAGCCGCAGGGCCACCACCACUGCGUGAGCCUUGGAUCCCUCAACGUAUUGCGAGACGCCGGUGUAUAGCCCGGACCUGUGCCCCAACAUGAUCGCCGCUCAGGCCAAGCUGGUUUACCAGCUCAAUAAAUACUACACUGAGCGCUGCCAAGCGCGCAAGGCGGCCAUCGCCAAGACCAUCCGAGAGGUCUGUAAGGUGGUCUCGGACGUGCUAAAGGAAGUGGAGGUGCAGGAGCCUCGCUUCAUCAGCUCCCUGAGCGAGAUCGACGCCCGCUACGAGGGGCUGGAGGUCAUCUCGCCCACGGAAUUCGAGGUGGUGCUCUACCUAAACCAGAUGGGCGUCUUCAACUUCGUAGACGACGGCUCCCUGCCCGGCUGCGCGGUGCUCAAACUGAGUGAUGGGCGGAAGCGGAGCAUGUCUCUCUGGGUCGAGUUCAUCACUGCGUCCGGCUACCUCUCGGCACGCAAGAUCCGCUCGCGUUUCCAGACCCUGGUGGCUCAGGCAGUGGACAAGUGCAGCUAUCGAGAUGUGGUCAAGAUGAUCGCGGACACCAGCGAGGUCAAGUUGCGCAUCAGGGAGCGCUACGUGGUGCAAAUCACCCCUGCGUUCAAGUGCACCGGUAUCUGGCCUCGCAGUGCGGCACAGUGGCCUAUGCCCCAUAUCCCCUGGCCUGGCCCCAAUCGGGUAGCGGAGGUCAAGGCCGAAGGGUUCAACUUGCUGUCGAAGGAAUGCUACUCACUGACCGGCAAGCAGAGCUCCGCGGAGAGCGAUGCCUGGGUGCUCCAGUUCGGGGAGGCUGAGAACCGCCUGCUGAUGGGCGGCUGCCGAAACAAGUGUCUCUCGGUGUUGAAGACGCUGCGGGAUCGCCACCUGGAGCUGCCGGGCCAGCCGCUCAAUAACUACCACAUGAAGACGCUGCUGCUGUACGAGUGCGAGAAACACCCGCGGGAAACGGACUGGGACGAGGCGUGCCUCGGCGAUCGGCUCAACGGCAUCCUGCUGCAGCUCAUCUCCUGCCUGCAGUGCCGCCGCUGCCCUCACUACUUUCUGCCCAACCUCGACCUUUUUCAGGGCAAGCCCCAUUCGGCCCUGGAGAGCGCUGCCAAGCAGACCUGGAGGUUGGCCAGGGAAAUUCUCACCAAUCCCAAAAGCCUGGACAAACUAUAGGGUGCUGGGGACUGCUUGAAAAGCGACACAAACGGGAGUGCUCUCUUACACAAACACACACAACUCACAGAGACAAACAGCAGAAACUCCGGACACAAACUUUUAUGUAAGCCACCUGAAAGAAACAGGAAGCAGUCACAAGACCUUCGUUAAUUAGCAAGCAAACAAAAAGAGAGCAAACCAGCCAACCAAACAAACAAAAUCACAUUCUUGCACAAAAGUGAUCGUUUUUCUUCCAAACAAUGUGAAUUUAAAAGGUCACACAAAAGAAGCAAUCGGGCUUUGCCACCACAAAAUGAAACCCAAGGUACAUUUUCAAAUCAAUGUAUAGUAGUUUCUCCCUUUUUCCUUCUCUCCCCCAACUCCUUUCUCCUCUCUCUCUCUCAUCUUCUUUCUUUCUCUCCCUCUCAUUUCAUUUUGUUUUGGGUUGCCUGAAUGUUGUCACCAAGUGAGAAAAAGUAUUUAAUUAUAUGUAAAAUUUCUCUUUUAAAAAAAGUUUUGCUGAUGUUAAAUGUAUCUCAGUGCCAAUGUCAGACUGUGCCCUUCCCUUUCUUGCACCUCUACCCUCACCCUAAAGCAGUCUUGUUGAAAACAGUAAUAAAAAUAUUACUUUACAUUGUAA